UGCUGUUGAUUGGCGGGGGCGUUGGCCUAUGGGCUUGAGGCAGUGGGCGGGCGCUACGAAGCGGCGGUGAGGAGGAGCGCCGGGGCUGGCGGAGCUUGUGUUGGAGCUAACAGCCGCCUCCCCCGGCUCGUGUCAGCGCGGUGGGCCCGACUGGACGGCUCCCAGCAUAUCUUGGUACAGAAGACCAGACAUAAGGUGGAAAGGAUGAAAGGUUCAUUCUGAGGUUGACUCAUUCUUCCUUAGCCUUCCUGCCCCCCUUUGAAGGGGGAGACAAAAACCUGUGCUCCUAAGAGCCUCUCUAAAAGUGAGGAAGCUGGCAUUAGUGCUCUUUUCAGUCUGGCUGCAUGUUUAGUAUGCGGAUUGUGCCUCUUCACUAAUGAGAGGGAGAAUGGGAACCCAGGGAAGCCCUGUGAAGAGCUAUGAUUAUCUGCUCAAGUUCCUGUUGGUAGGAGACAGUGAUGUUGGGAAAGGAGAAAUCCUGGAGAGCCUUCAAGAUGGAGCAUCUGAAUCCCCUUACGCCUAUAGCAAUGGAAUUGACUACAAGACCACCACUAUCUUGCUGGAUGGCAGAAGGGUCAAGUUGGAACUCUGGGACACAUCUGGCCAGGGGAGAUUCUGCACCAUUUUCAGAUCCUACUCCAGAGGUGCUCAGGGAAUUCUCUUGGUGUAUGACAUCACUAACCGCUGGUCCUUCGAUGGGAUAGACCGCUGGAUAAAAGAAAUAGACGAGCAUGCUCCAGGUGUCCCCCGGAUUUUGGUUGGAAACAGGCUUCACCUAGCCUUCAAGCGGCAGGUGCCCACAGAGCAGGCCCGUUCCUACGCUGAGAAGAACUGCAUGACAUUCUUUGAGGUCAGCCCGCUGUGCAACUUCAACGUGACUGAGUCCUUUACGGAGUUGUCGCGCAUCGUGCUAAUGAGGCAUGGCAUGGAGAAGAUCUGGAGACCUAACAGAGUGUUCAGCUUACAGGACCUCUGCUGCCGUGCAAUAGUUUCCUGCACACCAGUCCACCUCAUCGACAAGCUGCCCCUGCCUGUCACCAUCAAGAGCCACUUGAAAUCCUUCUCCAUGGCCAAUGGAAUGAACGCGGUGAUGAUGCACGGCCGGUCAUACUCCUUGGCUAGCAGUGGGGGCGGGAGCAGCAGCAAAGGUAACAGCUUGAAGAGAUCCAAAUCGAUCCGCCCGCCGCAGAGCCCCCCACAGAACUGCUCACGCAACAACUGCAAGAUCUCUUAGCAAGACUGUAACACUGUGAGCUCCAAACACACCCACCCACCGAUGUACAGAUGUUUGCACACGUAACCCUUUUCAAUAGGAUCCUUUUGAACGUUCCUGGGUCACUUUUUUGAUGACGAGCAUAGCUUUGGGAAACGAGUUCAGCUUAACGUUCAGACCAUCAUAUCGACUGGAUCCCACAUCGCUGGUAAAGGGGACGGUGCCAAGUGAACGUUCAGGAAUGCUUUGGGAUUUUCCUCAGCCUGGGUGGAAAACUCGGCAGCUGCUGGCAUGGGGGAGGGACAAGCUCGUCCAGUCUUGGCAGAGGAAGGGAUUUAGCGGAAGAUCAAGAGGCUUAGGGGGUGGUCAAGGGAGAGUCUGUGCUGCAACUGUAACUCGUGAACUCACAGAUGGAUUGCUGGUGCGAUAGCGAACAGUGGACUUCUAAGAAUAAACAGGGCAUAAGAUGAAGGCAAAUUCUACCUGGACUUUAACCUGCCAUUGCCAAAAAAGAGGCAAGAGUUGGCCGAUUGGGAAUCUGAAGGAAGCAGUCCUGCUUGCCGUUUUCACUUAUUUAUAUCAAAAUUAUAUAGAGAGCUCUCACUUUUUCUAACUUUUUUUUUUUUUUUUAAAGAAGCAGUCAGGGAAAAUUUAUGCAGCCAUGUAAAUAGAAGCAUGGGACCUCUGUUCGCAGUGCACCAGCUAAAGGGGAGAAAGGGAGAGGGGGAUUUUAAGGUGAAUAUCUACAAACACUUUGGGGGAUUGUACAAAUAGCCUCACAGGAUUGCUCUGGGUUUGUUUGUUUCAAAUACUAUCUAUGUGAAAGGAGAGAGCGAUUUGUAUGCUACAUGCCGGAUCCUUCCUUUUCUGAACAUUCCUGGAAACAAGGGUGAGGGCCUAGGAGGAGGCUGAUUGUACUCUCACUUAAAUCAAAACCCAAAUAGAGUUGCAGCUGUGAGGCUGCCAUGGCCUGCAGGAGCCUGAAGACAAAGAUUUGGUCAGACCAAAUAUUAGAGACCAAAAGUCAGCUGGUACCAGGUUUAUUUUCCCAUGACAGGCAGCAUCUUCUCACGUGAGGGUUGUUGAUCAUUGCUGGCCUUGAGGAGCUGCAGGCUUAGAAGUAAAACACUUCUGCUGGGCCUGCGUGGAGAGAAACACAAAGCUUGAUCACAAGCUACCCUUCUGGGGUCACUGUUCCUUCCCCCAUCCUCCCCAAUACUGCUAUUUAUCCCUCCUACUCUUCUGGGCAAUGGGGUCAACCCCCUAAUAGGCAUGAGAACUUUGAGCAGGCCCUGAAUCCAGAGUCCUUCCUGCACCUGUAAAUACACACUUCACCUUUCCAAGGAACAUCUAAUCUUCAAGCAUUGCCCAUGGCUCCUCUUCUAGAUGGGGGCAGGAGAAGGGAGAACACACUUCACACUGGAGUGUGGCAUAUUAGAACUGAUCAAGACUGGAACACUAGUAACCAUUCUAAGUGGUGUUAAAAUGCAGCCUUGCUAGUCUGGAGUUUACCUGCAUUGGAUGACCAAGCAAAGCUAUCUUGCUGUACCCUCAGACAGCCAUGAUUGCUGUUCAGUGGCAGGAAAAUGUGAAGGCAAAUGCAUUGGCUUGUUUUUAUUGUCACCUAGGUUUUCACAGCUUCUAGAGCAAGCAAUCUCUCUAGCUAGCAAUUUGCUUGGGAUAGGCAUGUGAUGUUAGAGAAAUCCCAUCUAGGACAAUAGCAGCAGCUUCACUUACUUAGUCCCAUAGCAAUAGGACUUCUAACUUUCCACUAGGGCUUCCAGCAGAAGUAGUGCCCAGUCCUUGUUAAGCUAGAGAGGCUGAUUACAGUUCGGUGUGAGGUUCAGUCAUAGGUGAGCGAGACAAAGAUAUGGUAGUAGGUUCUUGUAGGCCACCAGGACGUGUAGUUUUUCAAUGUAUGAACUGCUUUUGGUUGCUCUGUUCUGCCUCCAUUAUACCUCUCUCUUCAUUAGGAAACUAAACCGGGCACGUGUCUGCUGUAGGAUGCUGGUGCUCUAUUGUUACAGCCUGUCUCCCAUUAGUAGCAGUUCCCCAAGGCCAGGCUUAGUCUGUCACCCUAAAGCAGCUUGUUACGUGGGCAGGAUGAAGCUGUUGCGUUUCCUGCACGGCUGACCACCCACUCUGUUCAAGCAGCAACUAAAAGACGGGUGGCAGGGAAAUGGCACAGCCCCUUCCCACAGCAACACUCCCUGCUGUGCUUUUCCCUUCCUUCCCUGACAGGGCCUGGAGACGAAGGAGUCUCUGCACUCUCUCAAACCCCGGAGGACAGAUUUCACAGAUAGCCCAGCUGCUAGGCAAUAAACCGGGCCACCAACAAAGCUCAAAUGAGGGAGAAGGAGAAAAUAAACCGAGGGCUGGGGGUGUCUUUUGUGGCUGUGAUUCAGACUAAAAACUAAAGCUGUAGUCAAGUUCAGUGCCGUCAUGGGGAAGCCAGGGAAUUUCUAGAACCUGUCAGCAGUAUUACACCCACUGCUCCAUGUCACUUAACAGGGAACAGAAGCAGCCAGGCAGCCUAGGGAUAUAUGGCUAACAGGUGACGGCAGGCAGAACACACCCCUAUCCGUCAGCGUAAAACCCUCUUUGAAUUUGGUUUCCGUUAAACAGUUAGUUGUGGGAGCGCCUCAGCAGCCUGUAACUCACCUAUGUUGCCUCUUCCAUAUCUAAUAUCUGGUAAUGCAGCUGGGAUGCGGAGGAGAUGGAAGAUUCCAUUCUGCAUGUCUAGAAACUCUUCCAACUACCUGUGGAUGGUUUAUGCCCUACAAAUAAACCCUCUCCCAUCUCUUCUCCCACUGUACAUUUUCCCCUGUACAAUCUCAGCAAAUCCUGUCCAAAGGAAAGAUUCCUUGAUCUGGAAUGUCUGCUGAUCAAAACUGAACUCAUCUUGUUUUCUUCAUUUGAAAAGAAAGCCGUUCUGGCAUCUGAUAUCAACACUAGUCUUUAGCUGCUGUCUGACACUCAGACCAUUCCAAUGUUAUUUUGGAUUCUCUCUUUUAUUCCUUUGUACAGUCAAUGUUGUUCAAUUGAUAUACAUGUUUUGUUUUAUAUAAAUUAAAGUCUUUUGUUGUUUUAAACUA